AUGGUGAGUCACGACAGGCUACGGGUGCACCGCCGUGGACGGUGGGAGCUGAGUGAUGAUGCGAACUCAGGAAGGGAGACCUCUGAGGAAGUCUCAGCCCAACAAAUCCGAAUUAGAGAAGCAACUAUAAGUGAUACCAAAGCUGCUUUCAAGGAAAAAAUCCUCACAUCCAGGGAACUUGUUCAGUUUUAUCUGGACGAAAUCACUAGGCACAACCCACAUCUCAACGGGGUCAUAGAUGUGAAACUUGAUGCGCUGUACGACACCGAGAAGGCUGACCACGAGCACGAGAGGAACUCGACGGCGGCAUUGCUUGCGCUGCACGGCAUCCCUGUCCUGCUCAAAGGUAACAUGGGAACCCAGGGCAAGCUGAACACCACGGCUGGAUCCUACGCGUUGCUUGGGUCUGUGGUGCGUGGUGAUGCUCGUGUGGUGACCAAUUUGAAGGAUGCUGGGGCAAUUAUUCUGGGGAAGUCCACCAUAAGCGAGUGGGGUUACUUUCGCUCUUCAACUGCACCCAAUGCUUGGAGUGCUAGAGGCGGCCUAGGAAGGGUUUAG